UAACAAGAACGAGAGAGAGAGAGAGAGAGAGAGAACGAACCAGAAGAAGAAGCUCGUCGAAGAGUUGGGUCAGCAGCAAUGGUAGCCGGCAAAGUGAAGAUGGCGAUGGGCCUCCAGAAGUCGCCGAAGCCCGACACCCCCCCUCCGCCGAAGCCGCCCUCGCCGUCUCCCAGCUCUGCCAAGAGCUCCUCCCAGAAGGCCGCGGCAGCGUUCGGCCGCUCCUUCGGUGCCUACUUCCCUCGCUCCUCCGCCCAGGUCCAGCCCCGCCCGCCCGACAUCUCCGAGCUCAUCCGCCUCGUCGAGGACCUCCGCGAGCGCGAGUCCCGGCUCAAGACCGAGCUCCUCGAGCACAAGCUCGUCCGGGAGACGGCCUCCCUCGUCCCGGUGCUUGAGGGCGUGAUCUGCUCCAAGAACGCAGAUAUUGCCAAGUCGGUGAGGAGGAUCGACGAGCUCGAAGCGGCGAACGAGAGGCUGAGGCGGGAGCUGGAGGCGUCCAGGGGUAGGUUCGAGGAAGAGAAGAAGGCGAGCGAAGAGAGAGCCAAGGAGAUGGAGGCGGAGAUUUCCGAGUUGAAGAAGGCGGCGGCGGCGGCGGCGGCGGCUGCUGCGACGCCGGCAUCGUCUUCGGCGUCGUCGGAUCGCAUGGCCGCUGAUGAGGUCUGUUCGUCGCAGAGAUUUCAGGCGGCCGACGCCACCUCGAGGUCCGCCAGCAUGGCCAAGAUAUUGAAGAAAGGGGCAAAGCCGAGCGACGUCGCUACGAGUCAAGAGAGUCAUCGGCUCGAACGGUCGGAUUCGAAGAGAGAGGAAGUAGUAGCCGCGGCGGAGAUCGAGCGGCCGAGGCACUCGCGUUGCAACUCGGAGGAGCUCGCGGAGUCGGCUCUGUCCUCCGUCGCCGCGAGAUCCCGCGCCCCUAGGGUUCCGAAACCGCCCCCGAAGCGCUCCGCCUCGCUGCCGCCGUCCCUACACGGCUCGUGUCCACCGGCGCCGCCUCCGCCUCCUCCUCCGCCCGCGAGGAGCGCUCCCGCUCCGCCUCCGCCGCCCCCUCCGCCGAGGGGCGCGAGGCCGGUGCCGGAGAAGGUGAGGAGAGUGCCGGAGGUGGUGGAGUUCUACCACUCACUGAUGAGGAGGGACUCGAGGAGGGACUCCGGCGGCGGAGCCGCGGCGGACGCCCCACCGUCGACUGCGAACGCCCGGGACAUGAUCGGCGAGAUCGAGAACCGGUCGACUCACUUGCUCGCGAUAAAGACGGACGUGGAGACGCAGGGGGACUUCAUCAGGUCCUUGAUCAAGGAGGUCGAGGAAGCCGCGUUCACGGGCAUUGAGGAUGUCGUGCCUUUCGUCAAGUGGCUCGACGACGAGCUCUCUUAUCUGGUGGACGAAAGGGCGGUGUUGAAGCACUUUGACUGGCCGGAGCAGAAGGCCGACGCCCUCCGCGAGGCCGCUUUCGGGUACUGCGACCUCAAGAAGCUCGAGUCGGAGGCCUCGUCGUUCCGGGACGAUCCCCGCCAGACGUGCGGCCCUGCCCUCAAGAAAAUGCAGGGCCUACUCGAAAAAUUGGAGCAUGGCGUUUACAAUCUCUCUCGGAUGAGAGAAUCUGCAGGCAAGAGGUACAAAGGGUUCCAGAUCCCCAUGGAUUGGAUGCUCGAAAAUGGGAUUGUAAGCCAGAUUAAACUUGCCUCGGUGAAACUAGCGAUGAAGUACAUGAAGAGAGUGUCUGCAGAACUCGAGAUCGGCGGCGGCGGCGGCCCGGAAGAGGAAGAGCUUAUAGUUCAAGGCGUUCGGUUUGCAUUCCGAGUACAUCAGUUUGCAGGAGGAUUCGACGUCGAGACCAUGAAAGCGUUUCAAGAGUUGAGAGAUAAGGCGAACUCUUGCCAUGUACAAUGCCAAAACCAGCAUCAAAAACUUGUAUGCAAGUCCGCUCCUUGUUAAAGAUCUGUAGCGAACUCAGCUUCAGAAAUUCCCGAAUUUCGGUCUCUCUUGUUCUGUUGUAAAAAUAGAAUACGAUUUGUCGGUCACCAAUACUGGUGGCGGAAAGCCACCGCCGCCUUAGAGCUCGGUUGUCAUUUUACACGGUACACCGUGAGAUUCGUGUAUUCAUUGAUCGCUGCAUAUUCUGAGACCUUCGAAUUCUCCGA